CGGCAGCUGAAUUAAAGCUGGGCUUUGUUUCCGUUCAGAGCGCGGACAGCUUUGCUGCAUCGGCCGCUCUCUCCGUACAAGUGGAGCGAAGGCGUAGUUAGAGGAUAACCAGCGCGCACUGAGAGCCUAAAGACAACCUACCACCGCUGCAGAGAGCCUUCCCUCAGAGCCGGACGGACACAGCGGGGCCCUGAGGACGGGACCAGGGACUGUGUGUUUGUAGUAAAUGGCCACAUUUAUUUCCUGAGGGGAGACGCUCCUGCCUGUUAGACUAUAGACACGCCAAAUGCAUCCAGGAAAAUAGGACGUUGGGUGUAAUCCAAACGCAUUGGAAGUUUCUUUGAACGAUUUAGUUUAUCCUGCUGCAGACAUGGACGAAGAUAAUCAAGUGCCCGAGGACCUGUCUUUGGAGGAGAGAGAUGAGCUUUCCAACAUACGUCGCAGAAAAAAAGAGCUUCUCGAUGACAUCGAACGGCUGAAAUUUGAGAUUGCCGAAGUAAUGAAUGAGAUUGAACAGCUGACUUGUGUUGGGGAGAGCAAAACCUCACAAAGAAACAAACAGAUUGCCAUGGGAAGGAAAAAAUUCAACAUGGAUCCUAAAAAGGGGAUCCAGUUUCUUUUGGAAAAUGAUCUUCUGCAGAACACCCCAGAGGACAUCGCACAGUUCCUCUACAAAGGGGAAGGGCUCAACAAGACAGUCAUCGGGGACUACUUAGGGGAACGUGAUGACUUUAACAUCAAGGUCCUUCAGGCAUUUGUGGAGCUUCAUGAAUUUGCAGACCUCAACCUUGUUCAAGCCUUAAGGCAGUUUCUGUGGAGCUUCAGACUUCCUGGCGAAGCCCAAAAGAUUGAUCGCAUGAUGGAGGCAUUUGCCUCCAGGUACUGCCAGUGCAAUCCUGGUGUCUUCCAGUCCACAGACACUUGCUAUGUCCUCUCAUUUGCCAUUAUUAUGCUGAACACCAGCCUUCACAAUCCUAACGUCAGAGAUAAACCCCCAGUGGAGCGCUUCAUCUCCAUGAACAGAGGGAUCAAUGAGGGAGGAGAUCUCCCAGAGGAGCUACUCAGGAAUCUCUACGACAGCAUCAAGAGUGAACCCUUUAAGAUCCCGGAGGAUGACGGAAAUGACCUGACACACACGUUCUUCAACCCAGACAGAGAAGGAUGGCUGCUUAAAUUGGGGGGUCGCGUGAAAACCUGGAAGAGAAGGUGGUUCAUCCUGACGGACAACUGCCUCUAUUACUUCGAAUACACAACAGACAAAGAGCCCCGUGGGAUCAUCCCACUUGAGAACCUUAGCAUCAGGGAAGUUGAGGAACCCAGGAAACCUAACUGUUUCGAGUUAUAUAACCCUAAUCAUAAGGGCCAGGUGAUCAAAGCCUGUAAGACUGAGGCAGAUGGACGUGUUGUCGAGGGCAACCAUGUGGUCUACAGGAUAUCAGCGCCUACGCCUGAAGAGAAGGAGGAGUGGAUAAAAUCUAUCAAGGCAAGCAUUAGCAGAGAUCCCUUCUAUGAUAUGCUGGCCACAAGGAAGAGACGCAUCGCCAACAAGAAGUGAAGAUAGACAAUCAAAUCAAGGUCCAAGGUGCUCCGUCGCCCUCUCCUUUGGUCUAUGAAGAAAUAAGUGGCAUGCUGCCAAGCUGGUUCGUCUCAGAAACUCUCAGCAACUUGAAGACAAACCUUUGACGCGCUAUAAGUCAUAAAACGCUACUUGAAAGUGGAAAACUAUUGAACCAGCCUGUUUGUGUCCCCUUCAUGUCAUUCACCCCAAACCUUACCUCCCCAUUCAUAUUAAAAUAUAUUUUUGUUUCUACUUAAAGCACAACUGCCAUGUUUCAGGUGCACAUGCAUGCAUGUGGGUUAUUAUUAAUAACUAUGUUUCUGUUCUGUAUGUGUGUCCAACAGUGUGCAUGUUCAGUUUGGUUUCUUACAGUGUGCGCCUCCAAUGUGCUUUAAAAAUGGUUUUUGGAAGCUAAAAACUAGAAUUCAAGUUAGAUCAAAAGAAUAAACAGGGAAAGGAAACAGAUGAACAACUCUAAGGGAUGGCGAUUGAGUCAGUUCAACGUAACCACAGCUGGACCGAGGGGUCAUUUCAUUCUGGUGCUUAGCUCUUCUCUCCAGGUGCCCUACUCAGAGUAACCUUAAAAAAAAAAAAAGGUGUCAAACGAUCGCAGUCUAGAUUCUU